GGAGAGAGGGAAAGAUUGGGUAGAGAACAUGAACAUUUCACUGUACACAUUUCUAUCUAUGGAUCAUGUCUCCAUGGAAGGAGGUAUCAGGCUACUCCGGGACAACCACAGAAUACAGGAGGUUUCAGGCUACUCUGGGACAACCACAGAAUACAGGAGGUAUCAGGCUACUCUGGGACAACCACAGAAUACAGGAGGUAUCAGGCUACUCUGGGACAACCACAGAAUACAGGAGGUAUCAGGCUACUCUGGGACAACCACAGAAUACAGGAGGUUUCAGGCUACUCCGGGACAACCACAGAAUACAGGAGGUAUCAGGCUACUCUGGGACAACCACAGAACACAGGAGGUAUCAGGCUACUCUGGGACAACCACAGAACACAGGAGGUAUCAGGCUACUCCGGGACAACCACAGAAUACAGGAGGUAUCAGGCUACUCCGGGACAACCACAGAAUACAGGAGGUAUCAGGCUACUCUGGGACAACCACAGAACACAGGAGGUAUCAGGCUACUCUGGGACAACCACAGAACACAGGGUGUGUCAGGCUACUCUGGGACAACCACAGAACACAGGAGGUAUCAGGCUACUCUGGGACAACCACAGAACACAGGAGGUAUCAGGCUACUCCGGGACAACCACAGAAUACAGGAGGUAUCAGGCUCCUCCGGGACAACCACAGAAUACAGGGUGUAUCAGGCUACUCUGGGACAACCACAGAACACAGGAGGUAUCAGGCUACUCUGGGACAACCACAGAACACAGGAGGUAUCAGGCUACUCCGGUACAACCACAGAACACAGGAGGUAUCAGGCUACUCCGGGACAACCACAGAAUACAGGAGGUAUCAGGCUACUCCGGGACAACCACAGAACACAGGAGGUAUCAGGCUACUCCGGGACAACCACAGAACACAGUUCUGAAGAGUAUACACACAACAUUGUCAGUGAGGUAACGUUAGAGGAGAGGACAGUACACUAACCAGACAGUCAGUCUAGCAUGGGGUAAUGCAGAGGACGUUCGUUCCUAUUCUUCCUCUUGUUUGUCUUAUCUGAGCUGUACAUGUUACAUUGUGUCUCGUGUUUGAGUUGAUGUUACAUUGUGUCUAGUGUUUGAGUUGAUGUUACAUUGUGUCUAGUGUUUGAGUUGAUGUUACAUUGUGUCUAGUGUUUGAGUUGAUGUUACAUUGUGUCUAGUGUUUGAGUUGAUGCUACAUUGUGUCUAGUGUUUGAGUUGAUGCUACAUUGUGUCUAGUGUUUGAGUUGAUGUUACAUUGUGUCUAGUGUUUGAGUUGAUGUUACAUUGUGUCUAGUGUUUGAGUUGAUGUUACAUUGUGUCUAGUGUUUGAGUUGAUGUUACAUUGUGUCUAGUGUUUGAGUUGAUGUUACAUUGUGUCUAGUGUUUGAGUUGAUGUUACAUUGUGUCUAGUGUUUGAGUUGAUGUUACAUUGUGUCUAGUGUUUGAGUUGAUGUUACAUUGUGUCUAGUGUUUGAGUUGAUGUUACAUUGUGUCUAGUGUUUGAGUUGAUGUUACAUUGUGUCUAGUGUUUGAGUUGAUGUUACAUUGUGUCUAGUGUUUGAGUUGAUGCUACAUUGUGUCUAGUGUUUGAGUUGAUGUUACAUUGUGUCUAGUGUUUGAG